AUGGGUGGGCCCUCGAACGCGGCACCGAAGAUCGAUCCUCCGCCAGCUUCUUAUGCACCACCUCAGCCGCCUACGGGUUUCGAUAACCCUAUCCCGACUUACCCAGCUGCGGAAUAUCAUCAUCUUUACCCUUCUUCUUACCCUCCAGUUUAUCCAACUGGAUACCCAGUGCAGGGUUAUCAAUACCUGCCUUACCAGCAACCUCCUCCUCCCCAGCAGCAGCAAACUCAGGAGAUCCUGGAAAGGUUAGACAAGGUGGAACACGAAGCUAGGAAAAACAAGAAGGAGCAUAGUAGCUUCAUGAAGGGCCUUGCAAACCUUAUUAAAGGCAAGAAGAAGUAG